UAUUUAAAAGAUUUUUUGAAUAUUAAAUGUCUAACAAUUACUAACUUUUGUUACAAGAUAAUUUAAAAUGGGUGAUGAGAUAUUUGGUGAUGAUGAUGAUGCCUCUCGUCGCAGAAAACGUGGUUUGCUAAAAAUGUACUAUGGUACUAGUCAAGAAGCAGAAAAUAAAGACCCUUAUGACAUAGAUCAAGCAUAUUUUGAACAUGAUGCCUAUUUGGAGAAAAUAUUUAAGGAAAAAACAUUGCAUGAACUUAUGGAUAAAGAAAGCGAAGUUGUUAAACAAAUCCGAACACUUGACAGCGAAAUGCAGACAUUGGUUUAUGAAAAUUACAAUAAGUUUAUCAGUGCCACAGAUACAAUUAAAAAAAUGAAAAGUGAUUUUAAACGAAUGGAAGAUGAAAUGAAUAAACUUGAUUCAACAUUAUCUUCAGUGACUGAAUUAAGUGAUAAAGUUAAUUCAGCUCUUCAAGUCAAAAGGAGCCACAUUGCACAGCUUUCUGGUGUUCAUACUUUGUUACUUAAGCUUCAAUUUUUGUUUGAACUUCCCAAUCGUUUGAAUAAAUGCAUUGAAAUGAAACAGUAUGCUCUUGCUGUUAGGUACUACUCAAAAGCUCAAGAUGUUUUAAAUAAGUACAAGCACAUGCCAUCAUUUGCUGGAAUACAUACAGAUUGUGAAGUUAUUAUCCAAAAUCUUAUGAAGACUUUGCGCUCUUUGUUAUGUAAUCCUGAUUCCACAACUAGAGAACUCACAGAGUGUGUUGAUUUAUUGUUAAAGCUUGGAGAACCAAAUAAUAUUUUAUGUGAUGAAUUUCUAACUUUGGCUCGUGAUAAAGUAGGAGAGAGCUUGGACAGUCUCAGAAUAAAGUUAACUGGGGAUGAAGAAACAGAACGAGAUGAUGUACUUGAUUUUAUGGAUUGUGGUUGCAACAACUUUUUGGGUGAUAUUUCACUUGUCACUGCUUCAUACCAUGAACUUUUUAUUAAAAAGUAUUUAAAUGCGUCAGAUUUACAAAAUACUGCUAAAGAAAAAUUGGCAACUUUCAUAAUGGAUCACAUGGCUGAGUUUUUUAAAUUUGUUCGCAAAAGACUUGAACGUGAGAAACAAACAAGUGACAGCACUGUACUUGUAAGAGCAUUAGAUAAAUUUUAUCGCAAAGUGCAAUCUGUACACCAAUUAAUUCCAGAGUCUGGUAUGGAUCGAACUGCAGCUAACAUUGUUGCAUUUUCAGCACAUAGUCUUGUUGCUCAUUGCACUGAGUAUUGCAUUAAUCAGCUUUUAACCAUUAUUACUGAUACAAGGCAAGCUUUGGUAACAACAAAAAGUAACCAAUCUAUUAUAUUUGAUAUUUUCAAUCAAAUGUUUCAUACCAUCGAGGAUCUAAUGAAAUCAGUACUUCUUAAUUUAAAGGCAUUCGUUGAUCCUGAUAUUGCUUUUUCUACAAAACCAUACUUCAGAGGUCCUUUCUGUAUAGAUGACAUCAGAGAAGGUCUUGUGGUUAACUUUUUGAAACAACUGAGUGAACGAUUUGAUGGAUUUGCACAUGAAAGCAGUCAAAAUAGUAGUAUUCCUGCUUCUCUGCUUCUCAUAAUGUGCAAGCUAUCUUUUGUGUUUAUGGAAAAGACUAUUGACCAGUUUUUACAAAAUGCUGAAUCGUGGUUUCCUGUUGAUGAUGAGAUCAAGCAAGGCUGCAUUAUAACUAAGUCUUCAACACUGCAAGACAUGUACAAAAAAACCUCACAUCUUUUAUUGAAUCAAUAUGUAAGCACCCAGGGUCUUUCAAUUUCUCAAAUGUUGCGAAAGAGUGUUGAAACACGUGACUGGUUAAAUACAAUUGAACCGCGUAAUGUCCGCGCAGUAAUGAAAAGAGUAGUUGAAGACAUUACUAUUAUAGACUCUCAAGUGGGAACAUUAUUAGCUGAAGGCGUUAGAAAGGCACCUAGCUCCGAUUCUAGUAAACGAACACACAGUAUUUUGCAUACAGCGCAAAGGAAUCAAAUGAAUUACGGGAAAAAUUUAAAUAUAGACACCAGUCUUAUGAGCAACAUACAAAAAUUGUUUACCGAACGCAUUGAAGUGUUUACUGCGGUGGACUUCAAUAAAAUUUCUGUAUUAACUGGAAUUAUAAAAAUUGCUUUAAAGACGUUAGUUGAAUGCAUUCGUUUACGAACUUUCAGUAAAUAUGGUUUGCAGCAAAUUCAAGUUGACACACAUUAUUUACAAAUGUAUUUAUGGAGAUUUGUGCAUGAUGAGAAUAUAGUUCAUUUUUUGCUCGAUGAAGCAAUAAAUAGUGCAGUACAUCGAUGCAUCGAGCCUGAAAUGAUGGAACCAAGCGUUGUGGAAAUGAUAUGCGAAAAAAGCUAAAUAUGAAUAUGAAAUGAUGAAAAUGAACAUGAAAAAGCUAAAUAUAAACGUCGUGAUGGUUUUAAUUAGAAAAAGAAAAUUCUUUGCAUCGUUAUGACGUUUAAAUCAUAGGCUUUUGAGCAAACGAAGAGAAAAAUUUAUGCAUCGGAAGUUAUUUUUGUUUUUUGUUUAGCUAAUAAUAUUUAUAUAUUGUAUAUUUGUUUAUGUAUUUUAAUAAUCCGGAAAAUAAAGUUCAUCAAUUAUAACGAA